CAGAAAAAAAAAUAAAGAAACGGAUGUGCUUCAAAACACGACACGGCUACAGCCCUCCAGAUCAUUUUAAUGCAAAAAUUAAAAUCAUGCAAACUUAAAGAAAAGCCACUUGGUCCCGUGGCUCAGGUCUAGCAAUUGGUCUGGAUUUUGGUAUACAGGCCCUAUACCGGCAGAGAGACAGCCUCCGAUGUCGCGGAAUGAGACCUCCCCAAGCAGGGCACCUCAGGCUGGCAACCAGCGACCCAACACCUGCUGCUUCUGCUGGUGCUGCUGCUGCAGCUGUUCAUGUCUUACUGUUAGGAAUGAAGAUGAGAACCGGCCACGAAAGAAGCCCCAGGAGACCAAACUGGAGACCAUCCCAAACUGUGAAGCUUGCACCAAACCAACAGCGGAGGAAAUGCGUCUUUGGGCACAGUCCUUCGACAAGCUGAUGAAAAACCCGGCAGGAAGGAAUGUCUUCAGGGAAUUCUUACGAACUGAGUACAGUGAGGAGAACAUGCUGUUUUGGUUGGCAUGUGAAGACCUUAAAAAAGAAGUUAACAAAUCAGUCACUGAAGAGAAAGCACGGAUGAUCUAUGAGGACUAUAUUUCUAUACUGUCACCCAAAGAGGUAAGCUUGGAUUCCAGAGUUCGCGAAGUUAUAAAUAGGAAAAUGCAGGACCCAACAUCUCACACUUUUGAUGAUGCGCAGCUUCAGAUCUACACGCUAAUGCACAGGGACUCAUAUCCUAGGUUUCUGAACUCCACUUUAUACAAAUCUAUGGUUCAGAGCACCUCACGCUCAUCUUCGGAGUCAUAGUGGCCCUUUGUACCCGCUGCACAACCACUGAGGAGAAUCCAGAACCUUUGGAGUUCAUUUUAUAGCCCCUUUUAAUGCAUCAUGUCAGAAUUGCUGAUCUACAGAUUAACUGGAAGAUACAGGGUCAUCAUCACAUGACAUUCUUUCUCUCCUCGCUACUACGACAACAACAACAACUACUACUACUACUAUUACUACUGAUUUCCCUGUUGCCAAAUGUGUUUUUAAGGAAAAUAGUGACGAAGACUGCAGUAAGACAUUGUCCUACUUAGAUGAUCCUGAGGGGGCAGGUUUUUAUUGUACAAUGUGUUGUUCAGUCUCCAUCAAAAUAGGCUCUUGGCACAUGCAGAAGCCAGCGCUGAGUGUAAUACCACACCUUCCUUGAUGGAUGGAAGUCUUUCUAGUCGAAUUUCAAGUAUAAGUCUUACUCUGCUUGGCAAAUUGAUGGCUCACAUAUAGAAAUGCUAGAAAUAAAUCCACCUGAGGCAUUUGCUGGUAUAUAUAGUAUAGGCCUGUAUUAAAUGGAGAUCAAAGCAGUGCUGUUGUGUCUGUGCCAGUGUCUGUAUAGACAUUUUAUUUAAUGGGCCUUUAGCACUGCUAUAUCUAUAGAGGUGCUAUGUUUUUGUAUUUAAUUCAGGCCAUAGUAUUAAUAGUGGAUGUUACCAGAGAGUCUGCUUUUCUCCUCAAGUCUUUUCUAAUAAGUCUUCAUGCCCUUUUGUCAAUGAUUUGCCUCAAUCCUAACCCAACAGGAUUACCUCUUUUAAAGUAAAAGCCUUAGAAUUUAGGGCUAGGGUUCUCUCAAGCCUACUUAGAAGUCCCUGACUUAAACUUCUGAGUUGUUUGCUUCUGGCUGAGUAACUUUAUUAUGUGCUUUAUUUUCUUUUGUCUGAAAGAAUUGCGCUAAUGAUGAUUUCGAGCUUUGAGAAUCUAGCCCUCAGUGACAAAGUGCUUGAGGCUGAUAUUGAAUAAAAAUACAUAUGGGUUAUAAGUACAGUGCUUACCUAACAAAUAAGCCUUGCUGAUUUACUGUACCAAAUAGAGCUGCCAAUUAUUCAUCCAGCUGUUCAAAAGUCCUAGUUUUUUGCAUAUUUUAUACUGAUUACUAGUUAGUUCCUCAACAGCUGGGUAUCUUUUUUGUACUGUGUACAAAAGGAGAAAAAAAAUUAUUUUCUCUAAAUGGAUCCUAAGUUGUUAAGUGAUCAGUGUAAUAUAUACCUAAUAAUUUACCAGUGGUUAAUUUAUUGAUCCUUAACUGCCAACAAACCUAUCUUGCCACAUCUCAAGAUGUCCUUUUAUAUUUCUGAGACUUGGACUGCCAAAAAAAAUUAUUUUUCAAAGUAGUUUUUACCACAGGGGUAUCAUUAGAAAAUAUUAUAUUGUCAUUAUCUGUGAAUAACUUAAAAGUUUGUCCAGUAGAUAAACGUUUAUGCGUCCUGUCUUCUUCGGUUAUAGAGUUAUUCCUUUUGGAGAAAAAGAAGUCAAUAGCAUUGUAUUUCUGUACGCAAUCAAACUUUUACAACACUGUGAAGCACUGUGCAUGAGUUUUUAAACUGGUCUUAACUCUUUUUACAAGGACUAAAAAAAAAAAAAACUCUUUUACACAGAGACCGAAAUGAUAACUUUUAGCUACAUUUUGGGUUUGCCCAAAAAAAGGCAUCCCAGUGCAUGAAUUCUAAUUAUCGAGGAAAAAAAAUAAUAAUAAAUGAACCAGGUUAUUUCUUUCUUGUAAAAUGCUAUUCGAUAACAUUUUCAAAUUCAGAACCCCAAAACAGAACACUGACCCAAGUAAGAGCCUUGUUAUGUUUACCUGUGUGGCUAAGAGGAGCCUGUUUACAGCGAAGAAAGAAUAAAAAAAAUGAUUUAUCAACAAAAAUCUACUGA